AUGGCGACGAUCGUCCAAUAUGUAUACCAGUGUACAAGAAACAAUAUACUCCACAACGAGAGGCGAAAAAGAACGAAAAUGUCUAAUAUAAUGAAGACUAGUUUAAUUUUACUUUUAGUUAUAAAUUUAUCUAAAGUUGAAUGCAGUGAAAAUGCAACCGAUGAGGACAUAAGCAAAAUCGAAAACAAUAUACCAAAGCGUCUGAAAAUUUUAGAAGCUAUAUCCGGUAGAUCGUUUCUGAACAAUGUCUAUCAAAAUGGUACAUUUAGAACAGGGAACAGUUUAUGGGACAAUAUACUUAAUGAGUGUAGAUUUAAGCCAUCAGUUAGUUGUUUACAGAAGAACGUGUAUUCUUAUUUAGACGAAAGUUUAGAAUUUAGUGGUGAUGUGAAUGUUGCAAGUGGAGUGUGUUUUAAGAAAAAUAAUGUGGAUAUGAAUAAAUAUAGUAAAGAAGCAAAUAUAAUUUAUAUUACUGGAAGUAAGAAACAUAAAGAAGAGGCCGGGCAGAGGGCGCUGGAUGAAGAAAAUGAAAUUGACGACGAGGAGGAAUCAGAAUCUCCAUUAGAAGAAGUGACUGACGCUUUAUAUAACAAAGGAGUGAAGUUUCUGAUGGAGCACGAUUUAAAACUGACGUUACCUGAGCUAUUCUUCCAUGGGACUACCUUAAAAGUCUCACCAAGGGCUUUAACCAAGACAGGGGCGCUCGUACAUAUAGAUUUAGAACCGAAAAAAGAUGCUGUUGGACAAGGAAGAUUAUUUUUUCAUAAGAUAAAAAAGUACAUAAAAAAGAAACUAGUAAUGGCUGCACUUGCAAUUAUAUUGGUGGUAAAGUUGAUAGCUUUGAAGUUAGUAUUCGUGCUGCCAUUGAUUUUGGGAGUGACAACCGCUAAGAAGAUGUUCCUGAAAUUCUUGCUGUUCCUGUUCCCAGCAUUGAGUCAUAUAUUUAAACUGUGCUCAUGGUACCACCAGAAUUACCAUACAACCAAAUAUCAUCACCACCAUCACUUAAUCACGCAUCAUCAUCAUAAGGCACCUUAUGCUCCAGCAUACAGUCACCCUUCGCAUUCAGGGUCUGUUACUGUUGUUAAACCUCACGCUGAACACCAACAAAUACUCGAUUAUAAUAAUCAAGAAUGGGAGCUCUCUGGUCCUGGACUUGGCAGCGAGUAUUUAGGAUCGGAUAUACAUCGCAAUGCCAUAGCGAGCUUUAAGCCCCAUGCAAACGACAUCAACGACAUAAACGCUUGGGGCCUUGGACUUCCACCAGGUCAAUCGUUAAACGUCGGUGAAUAUGCAAGCAGUAACAAUAUCGUGCCUAACGUGAUGUCCGCGCCUAACCCUGUACAUCAACUACCAGCUGGCAGCGCGGGAAGGCCGGUUGGACCUCCAAACCCUUACUACAGAAACAAGAAAGCGACGGCGAGAGACCCAGAGAAAGAAGCAUUAAUCCGCGCAGCAUCCCUGGCAGCCCGAGCGCCUGCAUCACCUGUCAGAGAUGAGAUAUUAAGAGUAUCACAAGCUAAACUGACCGAAACCAAUAGAGUUAAAGCAGAAACGGAAUUAGUGAGGCAACAGCAGCAAAUCCUCGCAGCGCAAGAUCCUGAUACUAUAGCUGCGGAGAAAUUCUACGGUGCUCUAUUAGAGAAAGUGGAUACAAUAUUGAUUCCAAUAGGGGCGUCAGAUAUUGGAUGUAGGGAACGAGCUGUAUGCGCGCUGUACAAAGAUCCUUUCAAGCAUUCACCGUACAGUAAUCUAGUCUCUAAUGAGCUUAGCAAAGAUUCCAGUGAGCUAGUGCCGCCUGCUGACAGCAAGAAGGCGCUCAGAUACUAUAGAUAUGUUCAAGCAGCUAGAGACGGGCAAGAAGAAAAGGAUUGCGUUGCUAUAUAUCCUCAUUGCAAUAUAAAUUAUAAUUAA